CCCAAAAUUUGCCGCCUAUCCAUUUAUAGACAUUUCGUCUCCGCUCCCGCUCUCCUCGCCCUCCAUCCGCCGAAACAUCUCUUGAAGCCGAAGAGGGUUUUCGCGGGGAAAAAAAGGCUUCUUUUUUUCGUCUAGGGAUUUUCGGUUCCUUAUCGAAGGCUUAUUGUUUAGUAGGAUCGAAGAAUGGCAGGGAAAGGUGGGAAGGGGCUUCUGGCUGCGAAGACGACGGCGGCGAACAAAGACAAGGACAAGAAGAAGCCCGUUUCCCGGUCUUCCAGAGCUGGACUUCAGUUUCCCGUUGGUCGGAUCCACCGCCAGCUGAAAACAAGGAUUUCUGCAAACGGGCGAGUUGGAGCCACCGCCGCAGUGUACUCCGCAGCCAUACUGGAGUACCUGACAGCAGAGGUGCUGGAACUUGCCGGAAACGCAAGCAAGGAUCUCAAGGUGAAGCGUAUCACCCCCCGCCACCUUCAGCUAGCCAUACGAGGGGAUGAGGAGCUCGACACCCUCAUCAAGGGCACCAUUGCUGGUGGUGGUGUCAUCCCCCACAUCCACAAGUCCCUUAUUAACAAAUCCACCAAAGAAUGAACUUGCCGUGCUUUAAUUUGACAUAGGGCUUGAUGUUGUAGUUAGUGAUGAUGUUGUAGUUCUCAGCUUGUAUGUGAGUCUCUCUCUCUCUCUCUUCUUGCAUUUGGUGUUUGUAAUGUUUGCUGCAGCAUUUCUUGUUUUGUUGAUGUAAGACUGGCACUAAGUUUGUGAUA